AGAAAUGCAGGAUUGGAUGAUUUCUCUCCCUCUGCUGUUUCAUCAAGCUGGCUGGGCUUUUAGCAGGCUAGAGAUAAGUGUCAGAUAUGCACCAAGGAGGAGGGAGAAACAAAACAAAACAAAGCAAAACAAAACAAAACUGCAGGCGUGUAAUCAGCUGAUAAUUCGGCUGUGUGCAUGCGAUCUGAUUUGACCUUUCAUUCAGGACACGGAGCCGCGAUCAGCUGAUGACCAGCCUGGCAGCUGCCAUUUUUUUUGCAGGUCAAUCGAGGUUUCGCUUCAAACUUGUCAAGCCGACUAAAGCCAAAACCAUCGAGCUGAGCUCGCUGCUCCGCCGGCAUCUCGGAGAUGGAGAGGAAACCGGGCCGAGGUCGGGAAAUCUGAGCGAGCAUGGCCGACGGUAACGCGACAGAGAUGGACAGAGGGAAAGCCAGGAUUCCGGGCGACUCGUUUCCGAGAGGCGGGUACACACAGCAGUACAGCAGCACGGCUGCUCUUCCUCCAGCCCUGCAAGGUCCUGAUAUCCAGGAGCUCGCGUCCAAACGCGUCGACAUCCAGAAGAAGCGCUUCUACCUGGAUGUGAAGCAGAGCGCACGGGGCCGCUUCCUGAAAAUCGCCGAGGUGUGGAUCGGCCGGGGCAGGCACGACAGUGUCCGGAAGAGCAAGCUGACGCUGUCCAUGUCCAUGGCUCCGGAUCUGAGGUACUGCCUGGGGGAUUUCAUCGAUUACUACGCGCACGUAGGCCUGCGAGGCGGCCACGCGUCGCGGCCCGAGGAGCCGAGUGACGGCGCGCAGAGGAGGCGGCAGCCUGAUCACGCGUCGCCCAGCGGCUCAGCGGCGUCUGAAGAGCCCGCGCACCGGGUCCUCAAGAGCGAGUCGAUCGAAGGCGACAACCGGAAGUACUAUCUGGAUCUCAAAGAGAACCAGCGUGGCCGGUUUUUGCGCAUCCGACAGACCGUGAGCCGGGGGCAGGGCGCAGUCGGGUACUACGGCCAAGCCGUCGAACAGACCAUCGUGCUGCCCGCACAGGGCUUAAUCGAGUUCCGGGACGCGCUCUCGCAGCUCAUCGAGGACUACGGUGAUGAGCGCGAGGCCAACGGGAGGAGCGGCGGAAGAGCGGAGCGCGAAGCAGCGUGCGCAGAGCUUCCCGAAGCCGCAUCCUUCCGCGUCGACAACAAGCGCUUCUACUUCGACGUCGGUUCCAACAGGUACGGAGUGUUCCUCAAGAUCAGCGAGGUGCGCCAGCCGUACCGGAACACCAUCACGGUGCCGCUGAAAGCCUGGGCCCGGUUCGGCGAGAACUUCAUCAGGUACGAAGAGGAGAUGAGACGCCUGUUCACCUGCCGCAAAGAGAAGCGGACAGACGCGCAGGCGGACAGCGAAGAGCGCGAGGAUUGACGGCGGCCCGCCAGCUAUGUUCUGUUGCAGUAUGUCACAGUGUUCCGGUUCCUACAAUUAUCCUCAUACAUACUUCAAACAGUGUACCUCUCUCUAGUCUGUUCAAGUACCGUACUGUACUGUACAACUCCAAUCAAACACAAUAGCACUUUUACAUUCAGCAGUACUGUUUUUUUUUUUCCGUUUAGUUUAUCAACGGUUGGCGUUUGCUUGAAAUCAGGUCGUGUCUGAGCGAGAGUUCUUUGUUUUGCUGACGGUCUAAACACGAGAUGGGAAGAAGGGCCACAUGGAUAUUCUUACAUUCAGUAAUCUGCAGUCACACGUGAGUGAGUGCGCAUGCGCGCGCCUGGCCAGGCGUGUACGGUACUCUCGCGCGAUUCAUUGACUCUACUCGCCCAGAAUUAGUGCACUAUAUCCAGCUUGUGCAAACGAUGCAUGACCACAUGCAGUAUCUACUGUAUGAAUAGAAAACCGGUUUUAGUCAAAGGGUUUUAGCAGAACGCAUCAAUCUGGCAUGUUGGAUGACGCCGGGAUCAGACUACAUGACCUUUACGAAAAUCUACCAUGGUUUACUAUGGUUUUACCAUGGUUUUUAUGUAGUAACCAUGAUUCUACCAUGGUAUCUCAUGGUUAUUCUAAGUACUAUGAACCAACCAUAGUAUUACUAUGGUUCAUCCAUGGUAGUAACCAUGGUUCUACUAUGGUAUUUCAUGGAGAUUCUAAGUACUAUGAACCAACCAUAGUAUUACUAUGGUUCAUCCAUGGUAGUAACCAUGGAUCUACUAUGGUAUUUCAUGGUGAUUCUAAGUACUAUGAACCAACCAUAGUAUUACUAUGGUUCAUCCAUGGUAGUAACCAUGGAUCUACUAUGGUAUUUCAUGGUGAUUCUAAGUACUAUGAACCAACCAUAGCAUUACUGUGGUUUAUCCAUAGUACUGGCAGUAGCUGUGGUAGCAUCAUAGUUGUAUGUGUAAUAGGUCAUAGUAACUACGAAAUUAGUUUAAAAAGGGAUAGUAUGGUUUUUUAAAGGAUGCACUAACUGUAGUAUUACCAUGCUUUCGUCCAACAGUCAAUGCUGUAGAGAAGGAUCUCGAUUAACAGCCCAGAUACAUUAACAUUUACUUAGAACCUAAAAAUUUAAGUGAACAUUGAGGUAAAAUGCACCAUGGUUUUCAUGGUUACCCAGAAAACCAUGAAUAACUAUAAACCAUGGUAAAACCAUGGUUAGUUUUCAUAGUAAAACCAUGGUUAAUUUUCUUUGUCUUUUACAAACGGUCAGAUUUAGCGCCACGACACGACAAGUCUGACCCCGAUCAACGAUUAAGAAGAAACCUUUAUUUGUCACGUGCACACUUGAAAAGUCAUGUGGCGCAUCGGGCGGCGCCGUAGCCCUCGGCCUCUCGCCUAUUACAUAGCUAGGGUUACAGUGGGGGGGCUAGUCCUUUGGUAACCACGACAGUUUAACUCCCCACUCGCACCUGUAUUGCAGCGUGCCUUGUCAGAUGGUAGUAGGUACCAUUUUUAUGAUGGUCUUUGGUAUGGCCCGACCGUGAAUAGAACUCCCGAUCGAGAGGCAGACACGCUAACCACUAGGCACACUUCAAGCACAGUGAAAUUCAUCCUCUGCAUUUAAAGCCUAGGUCACAACCGGCCGUACGUGCUCCUACGGCCGGUCUACGUGCAAAAAAACGCAAGAAACGCAGCACGUGUGACGUGCUGAUUUUCGAGCCGUAGACUGGCCGCAGAGGUUCUUUGUCAUGUCAAACAAACUCUAUGGGCGCUUACGUUUUUUUCAGGUUGCAAGACAAACGUCCGUCUUUCUCCACGAACAAAAAAACCGCAGCGAUUUGGGAAACGCCAAAAAUCGCACGGCCAAAAAAUCGUACGUCUGGUUGUGACCUAGGCUUAACCCAUCUGAAGCAGUGAACACACACACCCAAAGCAGUGGGCAGCCACACUAGAGCGCCCGGGGAGCAGUCAGGGGUCAGGUACCUUGCUCAAGGGCACCUCAGCCCAAGGCCGCCCCACGUUAACCUAACUGCAUGUCUUUGGACUGUGGAGGAAACCGGAGCACCCGGAGGAAACCCACGCGGACACGGGGAGAACAUGCAAACUCCACACAGAAAGGCCCUCACCAGCUGCUGGGUUCGAACCCAGAACCUUCUUGCUGUGAGGCGACCGUGCUAACCACUACACCACUGUGCCGUUAUUUGUGUGUUGUAAGAAGGUUCUAGGUUCGAGUCUAGCGGCUGACAGGGGCUUUUCGGUGUGGUGGAGUUUGCACGUUGUUCCCGUCUCUGUGCGGGCUUCUUCCGGGUGCUCCGGUUUCCCUUACAUGCAGGUUAGGCUAAUUGGUGGCUCUGAAUUGACCGUAGGUGUGAGCGUGAAUGGUUGUUUGUUUGUGUCAGCCCUGUGACGAUCUGGCGACUUGUCCAGGGUAUACCCCGCCUCUCGGCCAUAGUCAGCUGGGAUAGGCUCCAGCUUGCCCGCGACUCUGCACAGGAUAAGCGGCUACAGAUAAUGGAUGGAAUGGCUCUCAAGGAACACGUAGGAGUUGUCUGACUAGGUGAAAUAUUCCUGCUGUUUAAAAUGCAAAAUAUUCUGAAAUGCUAGCCUUUUCAUCUGGGUGGUGUGGGGCGUCUCAGACACCACAUCACUGUUCAUCGAUUAUAUCACACUACAAGGCCCGUUCAUCAUUCCCGACAUUCAUAAUCGGGUCCGACGCUGGAAAUUUGUCAGCCUCGACAAAAUCGUGUUAAAGUUGUGCUGAAUCCGUGUCGUCUGAUCCCGGCAUAAGACACAUUAUUAUAACACCAUGCCAGAGACAGUACUAUACGUUAUUCUUGGAAAAACAGUUUUCAAAUAUUAACAUGUCAGCAAUAUAUACCUCCUGGAUAUACUAAUACACACCAUACUUCUCCUAACAAUUCAGAAGAAAGGUUCAACCAAACUAAUGUCAGUCUAAUAAACAUGUAAUGAUCCAGACUGCUUGCUUUUGUUAGAUUUUUCAGUGGCUCGUUCAGCAAACAUACAAAUAUCACCCCAGUACUUUUAAUAUUACCAUGUUUAAAGAAAGGUUUACCACAUGGAGACUCAUUUGGUCAAUGGGUCUGUUGAAGUCAAAAGAGGGUUUCAUACUUGGAUUACAAUACUCUUACAGAUUUCCUUAUAAAGCUAUAAAUAUUAAAAAAAAAACAAGAUAUGAAAUUAAUAUUGAAAUAUCUGACUAUAGAUAAGAGUUAAUUGAUCAUAUACCCAAUAUCAUGAGCACAAUAAGUUUAAAACGUGUAAAUAGGUCUCCAAUAAAGAUUAAUAUAAAAAAGAACACUACUGUUCACAUAAAUGUGAGCCCAUUUCCUCCUCUCUGUAUCAUCUGAGAGCGAUAAUAGCAAUAGUCACUAGCUGAAAUUAAGAGAAUCAACAGAUCUGGUAGAUUUGUGGUAUGUGGUUUCAGCAGUAAUGUACCUAGACUUCAAUUUUGAUAUUGGUUUAAUUGCUUGGGAGAGUUUGUGUUCUCCAAACACAGACCCAGUUUACACAAAUUACAGAAAUGUGCAUGUUUUAGCUCAAUUACAAGCUGGAUUCACACAUACCUACAAUUUAGGUUCAGAUAUUGCCUUGAAUUAAGGCAGAGAGAAAUGUCAUUAACCCUGUAUUAUUAUUAUUAUUAUUAUUAUUAUUAUUAUUCAUAGAGACGUGAAAGACGCAAGUGUUGUGAAAAUGUGGAGAUGAAUUUAACAGCACUGAAGACCUGCUUAUUAUUUAACAUUGUCAUACAAUUCUUAAUAGCGGAUGACCAGUGGAUAGCCACGUCAUAGCUUAAAUAAUAACGUUAUUAAAUACAAAACUUACAGGAUAUUAUUAAGGGCUUUACAGCAUGCAUUUUUAAAAAGGGGAUUACAUAUCACAACUGUUUUCACAGCUGUAAAGUUCUUUUCAAAGGUGUUAACCAACGGAAGACAUGUAAUAGCGCUGUCUUGGCGUUGCCAGUUCCCUUUUGAGGACAGCACAAAUGUUUAAAGCACUCUUAUAUUAAUAACACUCAAUAAUGUUUGUCUUUUGAUUUAUUUUCAUUCCAAUUGUAUGCAUUGCCGGUGUUGUGCAAUCGCUGUGGAAACGUAGGAGGACACAGUAAAUCUGAAAGAAAGAAAGAAAGAAAGAAAAAAAAAGGCGUGUUCAGAAUGUUCGAGAUUUUAAUAGAAUAGUGAUGUUUAUAAGGCGAUAGUGCAAUGAAAGCAGCAUUUCUCAUUAAGUCACUUAUUAACCUCUAAAUUGACUCCUUCAAUGCCUUUUCUAUGAGGACAUAUUUGUCCUCAUAGCACAACUAAACUUAGAGGUUAACUUCCUGAAACAGAUAAACUCCCUCUUGCCGUACUUAUUAAGAGCGUGUGUGUUGAGAAAUACGCUCAAGCAUCUUCACGUAUGCAAAUAUUGUCCAGCUGACAAAAAAAGCAAUCCUUUCCUCAAUUCCUAUUGGUUCUUAGUGCUUUAAAUGAAUUAAGUAGUGGGUUUUUUUGGACCCUCUGUGAUUUUAGAUCACUUUUAUCUAUUUCUCGCAAUGAACGAAAGGAAACACUAUAAUGUGGGCUUAGCUCACACGAGGACAUUGAGACAUAGGCAGCACUUCCCACGAGCACUUUAUUUAAACAGCACUUUUAGCUGCUGCUACCGUCGCUGCUUUUGCUAUUCAAUCUUACACGGAGGAUCUGUUUCUCAUCUGUAACUACGUGACGACAAGAAGGGUCUCGUUCAUUUCAAAAUAGCGACAAUCAUACAUGUAAAACAAACAAACAAACAAACAAACAAACAAAAACACAAUCUCACUAUAAGUAUUUACUGAUAAAGAAAAUACAGCACAUAAAAAUGCCCUGUAGAUUAUUACGUGACAUUGAUAUAACGUUAGCGUUUUAUGACCGCUAAGGUCUCGCAAUGCAAAAGAAAGAAAGCAACGAAACAAAACAUAUACUGACUCUAUAAUUGGUACUUCAUUGGGAUUCCUCCUUUCAGUCCACUCAUACAUACUGUAUGAUGAGAGUUGCCUCAAGUGCAACAUUUCCGCUAGCAGUGCACUUGUGGUUUGUAUUUUCUGGGCAUGGAUUACACCUAGCUUCCGUCUAAACCAUCAGUAGGAAGAUAGUCCAGGAGUAGUCCAGAAAACCUGCCCUGUCUGACGAUUCAUCUUGCUUUCUUUCAUUUACACUUUGUCAACUGUGGUUUAUUACCUCUAUUAUGAAUUAUUUCUUUUUCCUAGUCUUUUUUUUUUUUUUUAAUCUUUCAGGGCUCACUCAUUCUGGGCAUUGACACAGCGUAGGGUCUAUAUUCCAGUUAGUUGAUAAUAUCAGAAUUAUUUCUAAGUUAAAAGGCUGUACCCUUGAAAAAGUGACAAAGGAGUAAAGGCCAUAAAGGAUUUUACCUCUAACCAAUGGAUAGAACAGAUAAAACAAACGCAGAACAGAUUUUAAAACAAAUAUACAUAUAUAUGCACUUUAAAACUGUAUACACGUUUGUUCCCUUGACCUCAAAGAAAUAUCUAAAAUGAUGAUGUAUGGAAAACGAACACAGGUCUAUAGUAUGUCGUAUGGUACCAUUUUAUUUCAGGUGGUCUUGGUAUACAGACGUUGUGUUUGCUUUAUCACUCGUUUACACGAUUUUUCUUUUCUAGUCGUUCAGGAUGAUUUUGCUAGACAUUUGAGAAAUUCAGUAAUCCGUGAGGCUGUUUGAAAAAGUUAGCCUAGUACAUCGCAGCUAUCUUAGUUAAUCGUGAAACUUGAAUUCACUGAAUUGGACUGUUACAACGUAUUCGAGUAACACUUUUUACCCAUAAGCCUUAAAAUCAUUACAAUGUGAUUGUAAUGAUUUAGUUUAGGUUUAUGAUUUGUUGGUACGAUUUUGCGAUUUUCGUUCAUCACCAACAUGUUUGUCCUUGUAGUUCUUUUCAGGAACAUUUCAGGCCUAGCAAGCAAACGUUCGGAUUUUGUAAGGCAUAGCUGAGCAUUCCUGUAGAAUGAGUAACGAAUUCAGUAACGGCAGUUUCAAAAUAGCAGUCCAGCCAAAGGUCACAGGCCUCUUUUUGUGAUGAUAAAAGAUAGUUAGAUGUAGGUAACGUGCUGUAAAGGUGUAGAAGCUUUAUUGAUUUUUUUUUCCUUUUUCCUUUGUGUUGAUUCCAGCAUCUCUGCUGCAAUUGGAACUUAGAAGUAGUGUUCGAUAAAGGUUUAAAAAGAAAUGGUGAAAUAAAAAAUGUUUCGGUGUAUCUUUUUUGACAACGUAACGUACAUCAUUAGUGUGUCCUCCUGUAGUACUCUAGAGUAUUCUAAGACUCGAAACAAGAAAGCAAUUUGUUCUGUAUUGUAGCACUUUCUUUAUCGUGUGUACUGUAUUAGUUCCAGUUUAAUAUGUAUGGUACUGUAUGAAUAUUCAUUAAUUGCCUUGUAAUGUUCGUAAAAGGUUGCAACAUAUAGGAUAUGUAUCUGAAGGUUACAUAAUGUUUUUUUUUUCUUUUUAUUGUUGUUGUUGUUUUGUUUUGUUCUGAAGUUCAUGCAUGCCGACAGUUGGGUCCUGUCUAACUCUAAAAAAAAAAAAAAAAAAAAUAUGGUGCUAUAAUACAUAAAGGUGCUCAUAUGGACCACAGCUGCAUGCAUGUCGAGUGAAAAAUUGAUAAAGUAGAGCAAACGUGAUGCUAGCCAUUGGUCAGUCACAAAACAAGAUAUCCUCCAUGAGCAGAAGUGGGUUCGUGUAACUGUAAAUUGCACAAACAGUCAGUUAAAAACCUCAACAUCUUGACUGACCGAGAAACAGUAAGACUGCAUGACAGUUGUGUCAAUUUGCACCAGCAGUAGAGUGCAGUAACCAUCAGCCCAUCUGAGAAUUAUGGGAAAAUACAGAUGAUACAGAUCAUUCUCAUGUUUAAAAGCUUUGUCAAGGAUACCUGCACCAAAGGAAACGCUGAGAAUGAAAUGCCUAUUUACAGUUACGCAACCUUUGUGUGAAUAAAUUCCAGAAGAUCCAUAGACAAUCUAAUUAAAAUGAAACCUUUUUAUGCUCAUGUUGAAAAUGUUUUUGUCUUUUUUUAAUCAACUUGUGUCACAGAGUAUAAGAAAAGAGAUCGCUAUAUAUUGCAGAUUGUUAAGUGGAAAGAUCUGUAAGCCUAUGCUUUUAAAACAAAGGAGAAUGUGGUUAUGUUGGUUGUAUCUAUCU